AAAGUACUUAUCUGACCAUCCACGCGCGAGAGUCCUAAAAUAACGCCCAAGUACAACAAUUUAUAAGAGAAGAAGGGGAAGAAGGGAAUGUCGUCGCCUUCAGUUUCUGCGGCGGCGCACGGCGCAAAGUGCAAACAAAGCAAAGCAACGCAAAUUCAGGCACCGUUUCCGUCUCUGGGUGGUGCCACCAUGAUUCUGCUAAAGAACAGUAACAGUAAGAAUCAAGAAGCGAUGGGUGCGAACCCGAUAUUCAGAAGCGAGUCUUUUGGAUAUUAUUACCCUGAGCUGCACCACAACUAUUAUUAUACACUAGCGGAAAAGAGGCAGCUCUUCCUGAGAAGCUAUCAGUUCUCUCGAAAGCAGAGUAUUCCAGAGAGAAUCAAGAGGUCGUUCGUGCGUGCCAAGAAAGUCGUGUGGCUCAAGCUUCGAUCUGCUCUUAGACUCAGACGGUUGGUGUGUUUAAGGCUCAAGUGCAGUUUCUAUUACCGGAGGAGAAGGUUCUUCCGCCUCCUUCAUGCCCAGAACCGCAGAAACGACUCUUCCUGCUUCUGGUAGCUAGACCUGUACUCAUUAGAGUUUAACACUUCCUCUCUCAUAAUUACUAGUACUUUUUCUUUCGCGUGUACAUUGAUUCGCUAUUGAUCAGAUCCCAAUCUUGAUAAACUGUUGUUCAUCGGUCGUAAACGGACUAGUUAUGUUAUUAUUAUUAUUAUUAUUAUUAUUAUUAUUA